GCUAUGACUGGAUUACACGGAACCAGUUUGACACGCCAUUAAAUCGUAGCAAUGGUCGGGUCAGAAAUAUGCAUGUCAGGGCAAAGUUUAUCGAGAAAGACAACAAAGAGUCAAAAAAGAGAAAAAGAGAAGAAGAUGAAAAGAGCCACGUGAUCUUUCGGUCCUGUCUCUUCCGAAGACCCUGUCGCUGACCAAGACCCUGCCGCUGACCAGCAUACCCAAACCAAAACAGGGGAAUUCCUUCGGUCUCCGCGCCCUGCCCGGCCAUGGCCGCAGUUGCCAUUCUCGGCCGCCCCGCUGUCACCGCCAACCCAACAGCUCCAGCUGCCCCCUCACAUGGCUCUGCAAAACUCUUUCUUCGCCUACAAGGCAUCGCUUCUCCGGUUCUCCCUCUGCAAAGCAAAAUCCCAACCCGGCCGCAGCUUCUCAUCCAUCACCACUUGUUCCGAGCUAGCUAGAAUCCAGGAGGACCAGGGCUCUCUGCCAUGGCUGGAGGCCGUCCACCGAAGCCGUCCCUCGCCGACGCAGAAUCUCCGGGCGCGGACGCCGAGGCGCGGGCUCCCCGGAGGCCGCAGCAGCGCGGGCGGCCCGCGUCCGAGCUCUACGCGGAGCUGGCCGCGCUGCUCCCCGGCAUCCCCUCUCGGGCGAGCAAGGUGGAGGUGCUGGAGGCGGCGUUGGCGCAGGUGAAGGUGCUGGAGGACACGGCGGCGGUGCUCGAGGCCUACAGGGCGCUGCGCUCUGAGUCUGACCCCGCGCCGCGCCCACGCGCCGAGGUGGCGUCCCGGGACGCGGUCUGCUUCGCCGUGCGGCUGCCUCCUGCUCCGGCUCCGGCGGGCGGCGGAGGCGGAGGCGGGCUGAGGCGCGUGCUGGAGGCGUUCGAGGGGCGCGGGGUGGAGGUCCUGGCGGCCACCGUCACGGGAGGGCAGCAGGUCAUCACGGUCACCGCGGACGCCGCGCCGCCGGAGGUCGUGGAGGGCAUCAAGGCGGACAUCGCCGGCAUCGAGUGGCUGCCCUGAUCCGUGGAUGCUCGAUUCGAUUCUGAGCUACCACUAACCUUUUUGCGGUCUCUUUAGAAUUACAUUCCGUCCGUCGUCUAAUCCAUUGACGAUGGAGUAGAAUUAGAUAGGCGGAUGAUCAACAAAAGCUAUGGAAAGUGUUGAAUCACUCAGAGUCAUUUUCAUUUUUAUUCUUCUGAUUCAGCAGUCCAUGUUUGAUCUUCUGUUUCGAUUGCACCGCAACUGAAACAUAAAAAGGAGAGGCAACGCAACGAACAAAAAUAGAGCGUGCAUGUUUCUGGAAUUUUCAUUUUUCUGAAUCAGCUGAAAACGGUAGCGUGUGCUCCGUAAUCCAAAAAAUAGAUCUCCAUGAAAACAUUUGGUUGCCUUUCCAACUGUACAAAGGCACUGUAGUUCAUAAUCAUUUUUUCUUCGUCCAGCAUAAUUUCUAAUUUCACUCCCUUCUAGACUUUGAAAACGUAUCCAAGAUCAUUUAAUCACCAAUAAUUUACUAUCAAAAAGGUGCACACAAUGGUGUAGUAUCCGGAUGGAGUUUAAUAGAAUGCACUAGUUUUAACACACAAUGUAUGGAUAAUUAACAUAUAGCUAGAGCAAAACAUUUCAUGUCAUCCCAGCAACAUCAAGCACUAGACUUGCAUAAUUCUUGAAAUGAAGCAGCCUGAGACAUGCGUACGAACAGUUUGUACGAAGUAAGAGCUAGCUA